AUGAUCAAAGCACCUGGAUGUGACGUGGAAGCGGUGGGCGCGUUCUUGCGCAACUUUGUGCCUGAAGCGAAGUGCUUGAGCAACUUUGGCUCGGAGGUUGUAUUCCAGCUCCCGUCCAAGUCUUCCGGAGUGUUCUCGACCAUGCUGCAAGUGCUUGAUGAUGAGAAGAGCAACCUGCGUGUGGUUCAGUAUGGAAUAUCUGUCACUACAUUAGAAGAAGUCUUCUUACGCAUCUCUCAAGAUCGCGAAGAAGAAGCGGCUAUGGGCGUAGCUGUCUGUGGCGUUGAAACAGUGGAUCAAAUUCGCAAGACGUCGGCGACGUCUGCGAACUCUCGUGGGACCUUGACAGGUCCGAGUUGGACGCCUAUCUCGACUGAAUCGACGAACCGUGCGAUGUUCUGGAGCCAGUACAGAGCGCUGUUGACCAAGCGUGUGCGUAUCGCGAAGAGGGACAAGAAGAACUUGUUGAAUGCAGUGUGUAUCCCUCUGCUCUUUCUGAUCAUUCUCGUGUCACUUCCUGAGAUCGACGUGGCAAGUUUUAUGACUACAAGUGACUAUGCUACAGAGCUGGCGUCUGUGUCUCGUCAAGGACGAUGCUCAAGCGCGAACUUCUCGUUGGUCUCGCGCGUCGACCUGUUGUGA